AUGGCCGUUCAUUAUUUUCAACGUUCUCAAAGAAAUGUUCCCAAAGAAAAACAACGUUACCAUCAUCAACAAGAACAAUGCCACCAUCGUUCAUCAACCCGUCGCACACUUCCACAGCCGCUUCCUCGAAUAGAUUUUACGAUAAAAAUUGAUCUAGAUGAUUUAUCUCUUACAAUUAUUGUUGAUGAUUCACAAACAAGUUUUAAGAGCGUUUGUCAUAUUUUAGAAACAUGUUCAGUUACAUAUAAUUUAAAUGAUAUUUUACAAGAACAUUGGUAUUUUGGUUUAAAAUCGUAUACAUUUCAACUGCAAGAUAAACAGCCAACAAAAGCUAUUUUGAAACUAAAACAAUAUCAACAAGAUAGAAAUGAUACAUUUUGGCUAGCAUUUCAAAAUAGGCCAACAUUUCACGAUGAAAAUUUUAAUGAAUCAGAUAUUGAUACAGACUCAGAUUCAAUUGAUUCAGAAGACAGUGACACGGAUCAAACACAAAUGUCCCCAAGUCAGUCUGCUCCAAAAGUAUUUCAUAUAACUAACGGUAUAUACAUGCAAUUAAGUCUUGGAUCACUCGUGAGUUUGAACACAUUUCAUUGUUUUGAACAUAUUGAAAAGCCAACAUUGAAUGAAUGGAAAUUAAUAUUUUAUGAUAAUGCUAUUGAUUUGGAUUAUUCAAAAGACAAUAUAAAAGAUGAAUUUCGAAAACGAAUUAAAUAUGAAUUUAUUGAUCAAUGUGUUUGUAUUAGUACAUUAAGCGAUGGUUUCAUUGUUUAUAUCAAUAUGAAAGCAAAUUGUAUCGAUUAUUAUAAUCCUGAUCGAACAAAAGAUUGUCGAGAUAAUUUUGUUCGUUCAGCUGAUCCUGAUCCACGUCCAUUAUUAUCAACCGUUCGUCUUCUUGUAAAAAUGAAUUAUGAAAAACAUCAUACAUACAAUAAAGAAACCACUCAUGAUUUAGAACAAAUUAAACUAUGUUUUAAAACAUUAUUGAAUUUUUUUUAUGAACACAAAAUAACUGUGUGUUUUGGAUCUAUUUAUAUAUCAUCUGGAUUAAACUUUAAUUUUCAACAGCAACCACCAUUUUCAUCAUUUAUCAAGAAUUAUGCAUGGUCUGUACUAUUGUCGAUUGGUUAUCGUUUACAACAACGUUUAAAAAAAUCGUUUAUUGAUCGUUUGCAAUUGAUUCAGGAUGACGACGAAUUUUAUCAGACAAGUAUUUAUUUAUGGAGAAGAGCAAAAGAAUAUUAUUUCCUAAAUUUAUGUGACGAACUCAUUGAAUAUAAAAAAAGACAAUAUCAAUCAACAACAAUAUGUUGUUUGAAGCAGCCACCAAAAGACUACGUUUAUGUUCCAAGUAUUAUGCUUACUCCAUCAACAAUUUGUAUACGUCCUUUGAAACUAUGUCGAACAAAUCGAAUUUUACGUGAACAACAAUUUGGUGGUCAUUUAAAUUUUGCUCUCGUCGAAAUACGUGAAGAAGAUAGUGGUGUUCUUUAUCCAACUGAUUAUCGACAAUUACGUUGGAAAUUAAAACGAUUUUUAGCCAAUGGUUUUCAUAUAACAGAAAAUCGUAUUUAUAAAUAUUUACAUCAUUCACAAUCACAAUUAAGAACAAAACAAUUUUGGUUUUAUUAUCAUAAUGAACAAGAAAAAUCGUUAUCAUUUCAUGAUGCAUAUCUGUGGAUGGGAAAUUUUGAUAAUGAACGAGUUGUAGCUAAAUAUACAUCACGAAUUGCACAAUGUUUUACUAGUACAACAGCAACUAUUCAAAUAAAAGCUGAAGUGGUAAAAUAUAUUGCCGAUAUUGAAACACCUGAUAAAAAGUAUAAUUUUACUGAUGGUGUUGGAACAAUGUCAACAAAAUUAAGAAAUGAUAUUCGUCGAUAUUUGGGUGUUCAUCAUGCAUUUAGUGUUAUGCAAAUACGGUAUGGUGGAUGCAAGGGAACGAUAUCUGUUAGUCCAGAACUAGAUAAUAGUGAGCAUCAAUUAAUGAUACGAAACAGUAUGAGAAAAUUUAGUACAGAACAUGAUAUUUUGGAAUCGUGUCGAAUAUCAGCACCGAGAGCACUCUAUCUUAAUCGUCAAACAAUAGUUUUAUUAUCACAUCGUCUUAUUCAUGAUUCAGUAUUUUUACUUUUACAAAACGAGCAUCAUUUAUGGCUCGUUGAAUCGUUACUUUAUCCGUCUUGUGCCUAUGAAUUAUUGGCAACAAAAAUGACUCGUAAUUUAUUUCCAUUAAGACAGCUUAUUUUACAAGCACAAAUUAAUUUAAUUUUGGAACCAUUUUUUCGACAGUUGAUAACAACAUUUGUUCAUCAUGAUUUAUCGCGUACAAAAAUAUCAAAAUCCAAAGCUCGAAAUAUGAUUGGAAUUGUUGAUGAAUAUGGUAUAUUAGAAUAUGGACAAGUAUUUAUUCAAUUUACAAAUAUGAGAACACCAAAACCAUUAUACAAUCAAAAUGAAAAUGAAGAAGAAACGAAAUUAUUAACAGUUUUAAAACAACGAGUGGUAAUAACAAAGCAUCCAUGUCAUCAUCCCGGCGACAUUCGAACAUUUCAAGCAGUUGAUGUACCAGAAUUAAGACAUUUAAGGGAUACAAUUGUUUUUCCGCGAAAAGGAAAACGUCCACAUCCAAAUGAAAUUAGUGGAUCAGAUUUAGAUGGUGAUGAAUAUGCCGUCUAUUGGCAUGAAGAUUUAGUUCCAACAACAGAAAAUUUUAAACCAUACAAUUACGAUUCUCAAGAUAAACCGGAAAGAUUAAAUCGUCCCGUCACACGUGAUGAUAUUAUUGAGAAUGUGUUGAACAUUAGUGAACAAGAUUGCCUUGGAAAAUUAUGCAAUUUACAUUUGGCAUAUGUUGAUAAAUUUAGUGUAAGUUAUCCAGUAUGUAUAGAAAUAGCAGGUGCCAUCAGCGAAGAAGUGGAUGCUGGCAAAACUGGUAAACAUCCCUAUAGCGAAGAGAAAAUUAAACAAUUGAAUAAAGAAUUAGAUUAUAGGCGUCCAGAUUACAUUGAUCGUGAGCAAUUUCAACUUUAUCCAUCGGAGCACGUGCUAGGUAAACUCUUUCGUUCAAUUGUUCGUUCCGAACCUUGUUGGACAAAAAUCUAUCAUGCAUGUUCGCAUCAUCAUCCAUUAGAUGAAUUAACAACACCAAUUGUUCUUGAUCCAUUAUUAAUUCACAAUAAUUACUCAUUCUAUGAACGUCAUGCAUUAGAAUUAUUUUUAUUGUAUCGUGAACAUGUCUACAGUAUAAUGGCCGCCUAUCGCUUUACAUCCGAUGUUGAUCUCAUAUGUCGUUUUGAUUCACAGCGGCAACAAAUGUCAAAACAAUGUUUAGACAUAGCUGAUUCCGCACAAGUAGAGUUGAAACAGCUGAUGGAUCGAAUUAAUGGUUUAUUUUAUGUGGAAUUUGUAAAAAAUAAACAUCAAGUAAGUGUAAAUGAUGAAAACGAUGAUUGUGAAUGUGAACAAUGUACUGAUCAAAAACAAGCAAAAGCUUCAGCAUGUUAUGUGGUGUGUUAUAAACAACAAGCACAAAAUGGAAAAAAAAUUCUUAGCUUUCCUUGGUUAUUUGCAAAAUGGCUAAUACAAUUAAGACAAAAAAAUAUCAUACAACAAUCAAAUGGCCAAUCUCAACAUCUCAAACAUUAUACGACUGUUGGCAAAGCAAUGAAAAAUGCUUUACAAAUAUUAUAUGUUCAAAAAGAAUUAAAAUUUCAUCUAGAAUUUGAUCAGAAUAGUUCUACAACACCACCACUAACAAUAACAGCGUUAGUUCAUUUAGAAGAUAUUUCAUUAUCAACAAUUUACGAUCAAAUACGUUUAAAUUUACUGGAAAUAUGUUUUAUUGAAAUUUUCCAUAAUUGGUUACAUAGACAACAAAUAUUUAUAAAAACUAAACGAUCAUUACCUACGGAUAAAAAACCAUUGAUACCACAAGAUAUUUGGGAGCAUGUAUUAACAAAAUUUGUCUGCGAACAACAUGAAGGUGGAUGUUAUUUUCAAUGUUUACCAUCAACAAUUCGUGUACAAAAAAAGUUGGAAUCAUGUAUAGAAGACGAUAAUAGUAAUAUAUAUUAUUCAAAUGUUAAAAAACUACUCGAUUUAGAAUGGUGCGAUUCUAUUGAAUAUUAUCAAUUAACAGUGAUGUUCAAACGUUUAUUAGUUAUUAGUACUCAAUGUUCAAAAUCACAUUCUUCUAGUGAAGAUAAAACUGAUUUUGCUUAUUUAAACGAAUAUCUUAUAGCGGCAUUACAAAUAAUUGCAUGUGAAAAUAAUUUGGAAAAUUUAAUCACGGCUGAACAUUAA